AUGGGUCAACUAGUUUUGGCUAUAAUGGGUUUAAUUGCUUUAAUUGUCCAUUGUUUUGCCAAGGAUUUAUUUAAGGCUGCAUUGUCUUCAUUAAUGGAUAUGUGUUUCUUUAUAUUCUCCGUUGUAAUACUUGUUAUCUCCACCACUGUGUUCUCAUUGAAAACAAUUUCACUGUAUUGCUGGUUACGUCCUAAACUUGCAAAUUUCAAUUACACUCUUGAAGCCUACGCUGAUAUUACUGAAAUUGAUAUGCGAAAACAUAAAGAAUGGGGUCUAGAAGGUUAUACUUUGGAUUUGAUUGAAAGUCAUAAGGAGGAGAUAAUUAUAAAUGUUCUGAUUAAUCCAAUUAUGACGGUUGGUUGA